AUGAAGAUUAAACAGUCGAAGAAGAAGGAAGACUUCCAGAACAUGUCCCUGGACAACUUUUUGGAUAACAUGGAUGCAGAUGUGGGAGACGAUGAGCCUGAAGCGAAACCGAAGAGUAAAAUCAAAUCGAAUGGUAUUGGCAAGGCAAAAAACAAGCAGGAACUAAAUAACACUAAGAUGAAAGCUAAGGUUGGAGAAAAGGUGAAAAAAUUAGCAAUCAUUACAGAUGAAUCAGGACCAUCCGCUAAUGAGACCGAAAAAAAAAAACAGAAGGGACAGAAGGGGUUACUAGAUGGAAAAAAGAAAAAGACUGCUUCUGAAGGCGCGCCUCAAAUGCCGCAUGCAAACGGAAAGGAAUAUGAAAAAAAAGUAAAGGAGAAAAAAAUGAAACCGAAGAGCGCGAAAUCAGAAGUGAAUGGAAACGAUAAGCCGACGAAACGCACAUUGUCUGAGCCGGAAGGUUCUGAAGAUGCUGCCUAUUACGGAAAUGCUACGAAAAUCACUAAAUCGAAGAAUAAGAAUUCUGAUAAGCAGGUAAAAGAAAAAACGAAAAAAAGCAAAGCUAAACUAUCAUCUGGCCUUAAUGGGAAAGACGCGAAGAAAAAGAAACCCCAACGGGCAGCUGCAGAAGAUUCCGAUGUAGUGGCAGAGUCUGAUUCCGACAGUUCAGAGGCAGAAUCGGGUAUGAAGCAGUUAGAAAAGGAACACAAGCAGGCACUCGGGAGACUAGAAACUACUGAUCCCGAACUGUUCGCCUUUUUGAAGCAAAAUGAUGAAAAAUUGUUAAAAUUCGGUCAGAUGGAAGGAUCAGAUUCUGAAUUCGAUGAUUCGUCGGAUGAAGAGGCGGCUGACGAUGACGAGGGAAACGUGCACGAGUUGCCGAAUAAGUUGGAAGUGGCCAGUGAUGAAAGUGAUUUUGAUCCGAACGAAGACGACGAGAAAGAAGAAGAUGAAGACGAUGAUGAAGAGGGCGACAUUGAGGCCAACGAAGACGAUAAGCCAGGCAAGAAGGUAACGUUUAAAAUGUUAAGGGCAUGGACAAACGAUCUGACCAGUUUACCGGUAAAACACGUCAAAGGCAUCAGGAGCAUCUGCAAGGCAUUCAAUUCGGCACUUUUCACCAUCACCGGAGAUAAAAGCGUUAUUCCACCGUAUCGCGUUCAAGGUUCAGCGCUAUUCAACGGGAUCGUUCAAACGUGUGUCCUGUACCUGGGUCCAGCUGUCCGCAGCUACCUUUCGCUGAACGAGAAGCGACAGUUUAAGGAUCUGAAAAAUGAUAGACGGUUCAAGAAGAUAAAAGCCUGUCUGAAGAUGUACUUGAUCGAUCUGACGAAUCUGCUCGCCAAUGUGUCCUCGUCACAUAUAAUGUCUGUAAUUCUGAAACAUCUGCAUCAAUUUUCACCAGUUUUGGUAUGUUACCAGAACCUAACGAAACCGAUACUGAAGCGUCUGAUCAGCAUUUGGAGUACGGCAGAUGAGGAAACGAUCCGUGUUUUAGCCUUCAUGUGCAUCUUGAAGAUAACGCAUGCCCAGCAAUCGCAUUUUCUUAGCAACGUGCUGAAGGUGAUGUAUCUGGCGUACAUAAAAAACAGCAAAUUCGUUUCGCCGAACACCCUACCGAACAUCAACUUUAUGCGUCGUUCACUAGCGGAGAUGUUUCUGCUCAACUUCAAUGUAUCUUACCAGCACAUGUUUUUGUACAUCCGUCAGCUGGCCAUCCAUCUGCGAAAUGCAGUCAUUUUGCAGAAAAAGGAUAGUUUCCAGUACAUCUACAACUGGCAGUACAUCAAUUCGUUGAAGCUUUGGGGAGAUGUGCUCGGUGCGGCUCAUGCACAUGGCGAAGCGCUCGAGCCGCUAAUCUAUCCGUUUGUCUCGAUCACGAUCGGCGUCAUCAAAUUAAUACCCUCUGCACAGUACUUCCCGUUACGUUUUCACUGCUGUCGCAUACUGAUACAACUGAAUGCAAAAACCAAUAUUUACAUACCGGUACUCCCGUUCCUGGUUGAGGUUCUACGGUCACAUAGCUUCAAUGAGCAUCACAAGAAAUUGUCCAUGCGCCCGGUGAAUCUGACCUGCUUGUUGCGAUUUUCGCCGGCAAAUAUUCAAGAGAACGCCUUCAAAGAUGCCGUAAUCGAUCAGAUUUACGAAUUGGUGUUGGAGUUUGCGGCAAAUGAAUCCGCCUCGGUCGGUUAUCCAGAGAUCGUCUUACCGAUCAUACUGCAGCUGCGUCAGUACACGAAAGCGACCCAUCAGUACAAGUACUCUCGCAAGAUGAAGCAGCUAAGCGACAAGUUGAUGGAGAACUAUGAGUUUAUGGAAAAGCUACGCAGCAAAAUGGACAUACCGUUGAAAGAAACGGAACGUAUCCGUGCCUGGGAGGAAACAGUCCGGGCUGAAGGAACGCCACUUACGAAGUUCCACGCUACCGUUGCUAAGGAAACGGAGUCGGUGAAACGUCGACAUGCUACGGAUUCAGAGAAUAUCAGCGAUUAUAAACUGCCGACGCUGAAGAAACUGCAGAAAAAAUCACAGAUGAAGAAAGACGGUCCAGUAACGCUAUUCCCAUCGGACGACGAGGACGACGAUGAUGAUAAAAUCGGGUUUGAAGGCAUGGAAGAAGAUGAUGAUGGAGACGAAUAUGAUGAUGAAUCAAUGUCCGAUAUGGAGGAAGAUGAUGAUGACGCAACAGAAAUGAGCUCUGAGGGCGAUGAGGAGAAUGAAGAAGAAGUAUCCCAAAAUAAGAACGCCAAGAAAUCAGCAAAGAAGCAGAGUGAACCUCAAAAUACAAUCGAUGAAGAAGACUAUCCAUUGGAAGAUGGAGCGGAUGCGGAUCAGGUUGAUAUUGUGAAAGAUUUAAAACUGGAUGAGUGGGAUGAUUAA